GAUUGACCCUACACAUUUGUCGAUCAUGUAUUUGAAAAAUACCGAUGUUAAAGGAACUGUGAAAUGACUUUAUUUUGUAGGCCAAUGUAUGAUGCAUCUGAAUUGUUAUAUUUUCACUGAAUACAUUAUAAAAACUACGGAUUAAAGAUGAUUUCCAGUCCCAUUCCAGUUGAUCCUGGGUAUGGCAAGAAUGGGAGGGGCCAAUCUAUGCUUGACACUAGGCCUGUACCACGUGUACGGCCAGAAGCUGAGGUUAUAGCAUUGCAGGCUCAGGGUACAGUGGGCAAACUGCUACAGGUUCAAGGGCAGCCAAUUUACAGAGCUCCAGUUACCAAAAAACCAGAACCAAAGAAUUUUUCACAGGAAAAUGUGAGGCGGAUGAGAAAAAUCCAAGCAAUGAGCCGCAAGAAAAGAACAGAGGAAACAAUUGCCAAGAAUCAACCUGUGAAAGUCCUACCACAGUCUGAAAAAUAUAAGGAAAUCCAGUCAAAAGUUGCUGCCCAUAUCCAGCAAGUACCACCUGCACCAAGACCAGAAUCUGCAAACUAUUUGAGGUCAUACAGUAGGUCAGGGUCUGCUCCACCUAGAGUGCGUUGUCCUAGCCCAGGCCCAAGAGAAAAUCAACAUAAUCAAGCAUCAAGAGAUGUGAAUUUACAAGUGCAGGGACGCUCGAGGGGUCCAGCCCCACAACGUAGACCAGCAACAGCUGACCAAAGAGCUCGUUCUCCCAGCCCAGCAACUAGAAAUCGUUCUCAAUAUCAAGUAGCGCAAGGCAGGAACAUGAACUUGGAAGUGAAAGGAUUCUCAAAAAAUCCAGCACCGCAGCGUAGGCCAGCAACUGCAGGCCAAAUAGGUCGUUCACCUAGCCCAGGACCAAGACCAAGAACAAGUAGUUCAUCAGAUAUAAAUUUUGUAGCCCACAAUGCAAGAUUGGCUCGUAAACAUCAGCCUCAACGGCCACCAUCUGCAGUAGCACAGUCAACGUUGGAAGAGAAGAGGAAGGCUGAUAUGGAAAAUUACAAUAAAGGCCAAGUACCAAAGUAUUUGAGAAACCGACAACAACAAUGGCAAGCAGAUGAGGCCGAGAGAAUACGAAAUAUUCCAGACCCUGAGAUGCCACCAGGACACAAAAUGAUGCCAAAGGAAGAGAGAAUAAAGACACUCAACAUUCUUAAAGAAAAGGAAAGAGAGCUUCAGUUGCAGCUUCAUAAAGUGCCGCUGAAUCCAGAAACAUUCCGUGCCAAGACGUUAAAGACAGAUAUUGAAACAAAACUCGCGGAGGUUGAAGAAGCCAUUAAGAUAUUUUCUCGGAACAAAGUCUUUAUCAAAGUAGAUUCCUGAGGAGGCAGAUUUUUUUUAUAAAUACUGUAUGCUAAAAACAAUUUAAUGUAUUCUUUAUUGAUACAAGGGAUAUUAAGGUGACAGUCAAGGAAUCCUGUAUCUAAUGGUGUACCAAUAAGCCAUGCCGGUUUUCAGUCACAGUGUACUGUUGAAAUACCAUUGAGGGCAGUGCAUCCAGGUAGAGGGAAUGCAACAAACUGAUAGUACAGUACUGUAGUGCCUUUUAAUAGAUUUAUUUUAUGAUCGCCCUCCAGGGAAAAUGUAUUAAAGUUAUCUCCAUAUCCAAA